AUGGCUAGCCAAAUAUCUGGUACCAUAGCAUCUAGUGGGGUGUGCUAUAAUGAUAAACACAGAAUGCCGUGUAAGCUGAAAGCACUACGCUGCGUAGCAUCGAAUUGUUUACCACUAGAGGUAGAGGUAAGGAAGUGGAUGAACGGAUGUCAUAUCAUCAGGUCCUUUCCAAACGAUAGGCAUUGGAAAACGAAUGCGAAGUCCAAUGGUUACCUACUCCAACAAGGUCCGAAUGUUUGGUGCCAUUCUUAUGGUUCUCGUAGUGCCAGUGAAACUAAAGAGUGCAAUAUUCCUGAAGAUGGCAACAAUCCUUACAGGGAUUUUGAUGAGCAUCCAAGAGGAAUGUCACAUUUUUCAGAUAGUCAAGUUGCAGCUCAGGAAAAAACACUAUAUUCUACUCAAGGGCUGUCUAAAGCGUGCCAAUUUGUCUAUAAUGAUGCAAAGUUUGUGAAUGAAAGAGCUCAGAGUGAUAUUCUUUUGCUUUCACGUGGCAUCACAAGGUUGAACAAACGUGCAUCUAAGGAUGUUGCUGUAUUAGGAUUGGGGUUUCUCAAGCUUGAUGCUCGUGCAAGGAAGGACACCCGAAAGAUUGAUAACAGUGUGAAGGAACGGGCAGCCCACCUAACCAAUUUUGCUAGAAUAUUGAAGGAGCGAGCUCAUUCAGACUUGAAGAAAGCAGCAGAUCAACAUUGGAGUGAUGGUGCUUUGGAGGCAGAUCUGCGACGAGCUGACAUGGUUGUUCGACGACGUGCCAUGGAGGAUGCUUUCAUGGCUUUAAAGUUUGUUCGGGAUAUUCAUGACAUGAUGGCAACCAAACUACAAUAUCAGUUCAUCACACUGGAGAAAAAUGGGAAGAUUCUUAAGUUGUUCCCUCGUGAAGUUUCUACUGAUCAAAUCGCUGCCAUAGAGGAUGCAUAUCUUAAUAUGGCAUCUGCCUUAUCUGAGGCUGAUGGUAUCGACUACACCAAUCCUGAGGAGCUUGAAUUAUUAGUAGCGGCUCUUAUUGACCUGGAUGCUAUGGAUGGGAAAAAGAGUGUUUCCUUGAUAGUUGAAUGUUCAAGCUCUCCAGAUGUUAAUACCAGGAUUCAGUCUUGUAGUCUGUUGCCGCAAGGAGGGUUUGGAAGCUUGAUGCGCUUGAUUUUCUUGAUUGGCUUGACGAGCUUCUUCUCGGUGGUGCGCAUUGCGCUCUUCAUCCUUCUGUUGCUGCAAGGAGGGUUUGGAGCGCGGGAGGGCUCGAGGUCUUGCUGGUCAUGGAAAGCUUUGGCUAAUGCAUUGGCUGCAGCUCCAUCUAUGUGGACCCUAGGGAAUGCUGGGAUGGGCGCAUUACAGAGAUUGGCUCAAGAUUCCAAUCCCGCUGUAGCUAGCUCUGCAGCAAGAGCCAUUGGCGAACUCAGAAAGCAGUGGGAGCUUGAAGAGGGUGACAGUCUGAGGUUUGUCAUGAACCAAAACUUGAUUUCCGAAGAGACUGACAGCGACAGUUGA